UUACUUCUCUUACCACAGGUAUUUUACAUGGAGCUGGACUUUCUCAGCUUCCCAAACAGCGCUAUCAGCCAAGUGAUCUACAUGCUGACCAGGCUCCAAAUAGCCAUGUCAAAUAUGUCUGGAAAAUGCUUCAGUCUCUGGGCAGACCAGAAGUCCACAUGACCUUGGAUGUGGUUCUGGUGAGGGGCUCAGGCCAAGAGCAUGAAGGGUGCUUGUUGCUGACAUCAGAAGUGCUCUUCAUGGUGAGUGUCAGCGAGGACACACAGCAGCAGGCCUUCCCCAUCACAGAGAUCGACUGUGCACAGGACAGCAAGCAAAACAACCUGCUCACCGUGCAGCUCAAGCAGCCAAGAGUGGCCUGUGAUGUGGAGGUGGAUGGAGUUCGAGAGAGGUUGUCAGAGCAACAGUACAGCAGACUGGUGGACUACAUCACAAAGACAUCUUGUCACCUGGCCCCCAUCUGCUCUUCCAUGCAAACUCCAUGUCCUGUGGUGGCUGUGGAACCUCCCCCCUCCACUGUUAAAACAUACCAUUAUUUGGUUGACCCACAUUUUGCUCAGGUCUUUAUUAGUAAAUUUACCAUGGUGAAAAAUAAAGCCCUGAGGAAAGGGUUCCCUUGAGUCCCCUUCCGAGGUAUUGAUUCCUA